CAGAUUGGUACUCAUGCAGCAGCCACUGUGCAGACAGGACUUCAGUCACUCCCACACCUCAUUCCUUUCUGCCGAAACCAUGUUUGACAAACCCAUUAUGGCUGAGAUUGAGAAAUUCAAUAAGUUGAAACUGAAAAAGACAGAAACUCAAAAGAAAAAUCCACUGACUUCAAAAGAAACAACUGAACAGGAAAAGCAAGCAGGCAAAUCAUAAUGAGGCAUGCACAGUCAAUAUGCACUGUACAUUACACAAGCAUUGCCUUCUUAUUUUACUUUUUUCAGCUGUUUAACUUUGUAAGAUGCAAAGAGGUUGGAUCAAGUUUAAAUGACUGUGCUGCCCCUUUUUACAUCAAAGAAUCAAGAAAUACUGACAACAAGGGCCGUGCCUACCUCUCCCUUCUGCUUGUCUGGCUGGCUGGGAAGGGAAAGAACUUGCAUGCUGGUGAAGAGAGAAGCUGGGUGGUACAAGAGUGAAAUCUAGAGUAAAAACCAAGCUGGCCCAAGGUGUCCUGCAAGCUGUAAUUUGCAGUUUAAUCACAGAACCAUUUUUUUGUUCAAACAACUUUAAUUAUUGGAAUAUACAAUUUUUUGAAUGUGCAAAUAAAAAGUUUUAAAACUUGAAAAAAAAA